CACGCUGAUGUUCUGCUCUCUCCAAGCAGACUGUGUGGAAUUCCCUGCAGGAAGUCAAGAAUUAUAUAUUCUUUAACUUUCUUGGUUGUGUAGAGUCGAACGAGCUUGGUGGGUUUGUGAAGUCUUCUAUCGGGCUGAUUGUAUAAUCUUCACGCCCCGAUUGCAAUGGCUGCAAUUAAGUUUUCAAGAUUGACAAGAUCACUCAGCCCAUCUUUAAAUCUUGUGAAUGUCAUUGGUAUCAGAUGCCCAUCACCUGCUUGUCUGAACCGUAACUAUUGCCAUGCAAGCGAGUCACGUAACCCUACCCAGAAUCACGCUGCUAGAGGUUUUCGGGUGGUAGGUUUUGGCUCAAACGUGUGCGGUUCGUCGAACAGUUAUCCUUUAAGAGCUGUUUCUCUAUUCCCGAGCAGUGGCCCUUUAUGGAGCGGUCGUUUGUAUUCCACAUCUGUAGUUGGUACUGGUGGGUCUGAUAUGGGUGAGUGGGGUUUGAAGGCAAAAGAAGCCCUCCAAAGUCUUGGGAAUGGUGUGAGUUCCACAGGUGAGAAGGUGGUAGACGCUCCGAGUGACAUAACACCUCAAGUUCAGCAAAUUCUUGAUGCAAAUCCGUACCUGAUCCAUGUCGUUGCUCCUGUUAGUGGCACUUUGCUCUGUACUUUACUGGCCUGGCUAGUGAUGCCAAGGUUUCUGAGGAGGUUUCAUAAGAUGUCAAAGGAAUGGCCGGCUGGUUUGUUAUCUGAGCGCUCAAUAUUGAAGCCCGUACCUUAUGAAAAAAGCAUCUGGAGUACUCUGGAGGACCCUGUUCGGUAUCUCAUCACUUUUAUGGCCUUUACCCAAAUUGGGGCUAUGGUGGCACCGACCAGCGUUGCAUCACAUUUCAUUUUGCCAGCUUGGAAGAGUGCCACUAUUCUCUCUUCUGUUUGGUUUCUACAGAGAUGGAAGACAAAUGCGAUCAGCAGAACCUUAGCAGGGAAGACCUUUGAGGCGGGUGAUCGAGACAUGUUGUUGACACUGGAGAAAGUGUCUUCUGUUGGUUUAUUUGCCAUUGGAUUGAUGGGGUUAGCUGAGGCAUGUGGGGUGCCUGUGCAAUCAAUUCUCACAGUGGGGGGCAUAGGAGGAGUUGCUAUUGCUAUUGCUGCUCGAGACGUCAUUGGAAAUGUUCUAAGUGGGCUUUCGUUACAGUUUUCAAAGCCUUUUUCUGUUGGAGAAAUGAUACGAGCUGGAUAUGUUGAAGGCCAAGUCAUAGAAAUGGGGAUGACAACAACGUCUCUGUUGAGCGAAGAGAUGCUCCCUGUAACUGUCCCGAAUUCCUUGUUCACUAGCCAGAGCACGGAGGAGAGGGCUUGGACGGAGCAAGAAUUGGUUCUGCAAGCUGCCCGGAUCAUCAACCGAUACGGCGCCUCUCCAACUUCUGUUGUUGCCUUGCCUUAGGAGUGAGGAAUGUGACCACUGCCUUAGCUAUGAUAUAUUAGUUUUUACUUUUUGCUGUUCUGCCUUGGAGAAGUUUGUUGCAUCUCUUUUUUCUCCAUCUCAGAAAUGCAAGGAAAAUUACAUUUUUCUAAUUGAUUUUUUUUUUUACUUUUUAUUUUCCUCCCAAUUUUCCUUCUUUUCCUUGAUACCCAAACAUCAAAACUCUUGUCAUUUCUUCUUUUUUCUACUCUAAACUUAAUUUUCGAGCAAAGCAUAGCAGAGG